CCGGUAUUGAAAAUAAUGAUACAGUUUAUAAAAUGGUGUGUGCACAUUACAGGAGGAAAACUGCGCUAUGUGAACUGAGUAUAUUUUUCUCGUUUCAGUAAAAAUACAUCAUCUAUAGACCUUUAUCAGUGAGGACAAACACACUACAGCUGUAUACUUUACAAAUAUUUUGCUAUUUCAUUCGAUUUUACUUGGUGGUGACAUUUCAACACACGCCCAGAUGUUUUGGUGAAACAGCAGGAAGAUUUGGCUCCAUGCGCGUGGAGGAAAAAUCAAAACCCAAAAAAUGUGGACGUUUGAAUACAAGCAUAAUUAGUGCUGUUUUGAAACGAACAUGCAACAAUGGCAUAUUUUUUCAUGUAUUAAUGGAUAUUUAAUAAUAAUGAAAUAGUAAUUAAACAUUAAUGAUGAAUAUUAAAGGGACAGAUCGCGUGCGCCAAUUGUUCAGGGAAAAUUAUAAUAAAUUAAAGGAGUUUCGGUCAGUAAUGGAUCAACGAGCACAAAGUGAAAAGCUUUAUUUCCAUGUGUUUGUGUAAAAGGAGUGUGAGAAUUCAUCACAUUACACAGAACUCUUCUACAAGUGUCAGUUUCCCCAAAUUCACCUUUGUUGGAAUUUAGUGUAACAGAAGCUAUGACAUAAAAAAAAACUUACGUUUUUUAUGUCUUGAUUAAAUAAUUAAUACAGUAAAUAUUAUAAAUGCUGUACUACCAAGCAUUACAUUUCUUUCUUUCCAAAAUAAAUGUUUGACAUUGAGUGUUAUGUAUUUAUAAGUUUAUUUAUUCGUUUAUAUUUACGUAUGUUUGAAUGGGGACUGUGACAGGGGCACCUGCAAGAUUUUAUCUCAGGGUACGGUCGCAUCGAAUUGUUUAAGCACUUCCUCGCUGUAGAUUUUAAUUUCAGGAUGAAUAUUCAUGAGGACAAGUCCAGUAAGCCUGUAGUCUGUCAUCGUGUCUUCAGGCGCCUCAAUAUGCUGAAAGAGCGCUCUGCAGAGGCGUGGACACUGGCAUAGUUAGAAAGACUUUCAGUACACAAUGGAAAUUUGGGGGAAAUUCCGCCGUGUUCUUUAUAACCUCACAAAUGUCACUGCAGCUGCAUGCUGUAUCAUCCAAUUCCCUCUACAGGUCCAUUUCAACAUCAGCUCCACCUAGAUUGGGCAUCAGUGCCCCGUGCUCAUCUUUUAUCUCCUGCCACACUGUGUCCGACAAUUCUGACAGUUUAUCCGGCAGCAGAUACUGUCCCUUCAGUCGUGGGAGUGCCAGGCAAACUCGGUCUUUCACCUCAGAUUCAAGUGACAAUGGAUCACGCUAAUCCUGAACAACCUGCUGGAUCUCUGCAGUUCAAAAAGAGUGACACCAAGGAAAAGAUAUCAGACUCUUCAGGACCCAGCAGUUCCUCCAUGAACAGUGAUGUGUUUAAAGAACCUCCAGCAGAUCCCUCAUCUACACACAGUGCAACAGAAAUAAAGAGAUCAGACUCACCAGUACCCAGCUGUGUGUCCAUGAAGAGUGAUAAUUCUAUGGAAUUCCCACUAAGAUUUAAAGAGAAGAGAGAAUCCACACCAGAACGUGUCCUGCAGGGAGCAAGAGAGAAAACACAACAGAUCAUAAUCACAGAUACAGGGUGUACGUCUGUAAGCACUGAACCUCAUCUUCAGGAGAGAUGCAAAUUAAAUCUUAUAAAGAAGUUUCAGCAUGUAAAUGAGGUGAUAACAAACCAGGGAAACCCAACACUUUUGCAUGAGAUCUACACAGAGCUCUACAUGACAGAAGGAGACAGUGGAAAAGUCAAUAAUGAACAUGAGGUGAGACAGAUCGAGGCAGCAUCCAGGAGAGCAGCAAUAGAGGAAACACCAAUCAAAUGCAAUGACAUCUUUAAGCCCUUAUCUGAAGAAGACAAACCCAUCAGGAGCGUUAUGACCAAGGGAGUCGCUGGCAUUGGAAAAACAGUCUCUGUGCAGAAAUUCAUUCUAGACUGGGCUGAAGGGAAAACAAAUCAGGAUGUUCAUCUCAUAUUUCCACUUCCUUUCAGAGAGCUCAAUUUAAUGAAGGAUCGAAACCUGAGUCUGAUGGAGCUUCUUCAUUUCUUUUAUGAGAUAAAAGAAACAAACAUUUCCAGCUUGGACAAAGUUCUGUUCAUUUUUGAUGGUUUGGAUGAGUGUCGUUUCCCUCUGGAUUUCCAGAACACAGUGAGGUUGUGUGAUGUAACUGAAUCAGCAUCAGUGCAUGUGCUGCUGAUAAACCUGAUCAAAGGGAAUCUGUUUCCCUCUGCUCUCAUCUGGAUCACCUCCCGACCAGCAGCAGCUGAUCAAAUCCCCUCUGAGUGUGUCCAUCGACUCACAGAGGUACGAGGGUUCAAUGACCCACAGAAGGAGGAAUAUUUCAGGAAGAGGAUCAGUGAUCAGAGCCUGAGCAACAGAAUCAUCACACACCUGAAGUCAUUAAGAAGCCUCUACAUCAUGUGCCACAUCCCAGUCUUCUGCUGGAUUUCAGCCACUGUUCUAGAGAGAAUGUUGGGUGAAGCAGAGAGUGGAGAGAUCCCCAAGACUCUGACUCAAAUGUACACACACUUCCUCAUCAUUCAGACAAACGUCAUAAAGGAAAAGUACACAAAGAGCAGAAAGAGAGAUGCAGAAAUGGUUCUGAAACUAGGUAAACUGGCUUUUCAGCAGCUGAUGAAAGGCAACCUGAUCUUCUAUGAGGAAGACCUGAUGGAGUGUGGCAUUGAUGUGACAGAAGCAUCAGUGUAUUCAGGUGUGUGUACACAGAUCUUCAGAGAGGAGUUUGGGCUUCACCAGAGUAAAGUAUACUGCUUUGUUCAUCUGAGCAUUCAGGAACACCUCGCAGCUCUAUAUGUGCACCUGACAUUCAUGAAUGAAAAGAGAAAUGUUCUUCAGCGCAGUCUGUUACCUAAAAUGAUCAUGAUGUUGAUGAUGAUGAUAAGGUUAAGAGAAAUUACCAUCUCAGAUGUCCACAAGAGUGCUGUAGAUCAGGCUUUACAGAGUGGAAAUGGACAUCUGGAUCUUUUCCUUCGCUUUCUUCUGGGUCUCUCACUGGAGUCCAAUCAGAUCCUCUUACAAACCAUAGUGACACAGACAGGAAGUAGCUUCCACAGUAACCAGGAAACGGUUCAUUAUAUCAAGAAGAAGAUCAGAAAGAAUCCCUCAGCAGAGAAAUCCAUCAAUCUGUUCCACUGUCUGUAUGAACUGGAUGAUCAUUCUCUAGUUGAGGAAGUCCAACAAUACCUGCAAUCUGGAAAUUUACAACAAAGUGAACAUUCUCCUUCUCAGUGGUCAGCUGUGGUGUUUGUGUUACUGACAUCAAUGCAGGAACAGGAUGUGUUUGUCCUUAAUAAAUAUACCAACAAACACUGUACAUCAGACGAGGUUCUUCUGAAGCUCCUGCCUGUGGUUGCAGCAUCCAGAAAAGCUCAGUUUAAUAAUUGUGGCCUAAAUGAGGAAAGUUGUGCAGCUUUAGCCUCAGUGCUCAGCUCUGAAUCCUCCAAUCUGAGAGAACUGGAUCUGUCUGUGAAUAAACUCACAGACUCAGGAGUGAAGCAUCUCUCUGCUGGACUGGAGAAUCCUCACUGUAAACUGGAGACACUGAGGUUGCGUUAUUGUGGUGUCUCAGAUGAAGGCUCUGCUGCUCUGACUUCAGCUCUGAGAUCAAACCCCUCACACCUGAGAGAACUGGAUCUGUCUGAGAAUAAACUCAGAGACUCAGGAGUGAAGCAUCUCUCUGCUGUACUGGAGAAUCCUCACUGUAAACUGGAGAUACUGAGGUUGUGUGAUUGUCGUGUCUCAGAUGAAGGCUGUGCUGCUCUGACUUCAGCUCAGAGAUCAAACCCCUCACACCUGAGAGAACUGGAUCUGUCUAAGAAUAAUCUCAGAGACUCAGGAGUGAAGCGUCUCUCUGCUGUACUGGAGAAUCCUCACUGUAAACUGGAGACACUGAGGUUGCGUUAUUGUGAUAUCUCAGAUGAAGGCUGUGCUGCUCUGACUUCAGCUCUGAGAUCAAACCCCUCACACCUGAGAGAACUGGAUCUGUCUUGGAAUAAACUCAGAGACUCAGGAGUGAAGUGUCUCUCUGCUGUACUGGAGAAUCCUCACUGUAAACUGGAGACACUGAGGUUGUGUAAUUGUGAUAUCUCAGAUGAAGGCUGUGCUGCUCUGACUUCAGCUCUGAGAUCAAACCCCUCACACCUGAGAGAACUGGAUCUGUCUGAGAAUAAUCUCAGAGACUCAGGAGUGAAGCGUCUCUCUGCUGUACUGGAGAAUCCUCACUGUAAACUGGAGACACUGAGGUUGCGUGAUUGUGAUAUCUCAGAUGAAGGCUGUGCUGCUCUGACUUCAGCUCUGAGAUCAAACCCCUCACACCUGAGAGAACUGGAUCUGUCUGAGAAUAAACUCAGAGACUCAGGAGUGAAGCGUCUCUCUGCUGUACUGGAGAAUCCUCACUGUAAACUGGAGACACUGAGGUUGUGUAGUUGUGAUAUCUCAGAUGAAGGCUCUGCUGCUCUGACUUCAGCUCUGAGAUCAAACCCCUCACUCCUGAGAGAACUGGAUCUGUCUUGGAAUAAACUCAGAGACUCAGGAGUGAAGCGUCUCUCUGCUGUACUGGAGAAUCCUCACUGUAAACUGGAGACACUGCGGUUGCGUUAUUGUGAUGUCUCUGAUGAAGGCUGUGCUGCUCUGACUUCAGCUCUGAGAUCAAACCCCUCACACCUGAGAAAGCUGGAUCUGUCCUGGAAUAAACUCAGAGACUCAGGAGUGAAGUGUCUCUCUGCUGUACUGGAGAAUCCUCACUGUAAACUGGAGACACUGAGGUUGUGUAGUUGUGAUAUCUCAGAUGAAGGCUGUGCUGCUCUGAAUUCAGCUCUGAGAUCAAACCCCUCACACCUGAGAGAACUGCAUCUAACUGGGAAUAAACUGAGAGACUCAGAAAAGAAGCAGCUCUUCAGACUUAAACUACAGAACUUGAGGAUUUCAAUUCCCCUCCUCACUUAACAUACCUGGACAAGUUCAGACCAAUAAGAUUGUGUGUUAGAGGACCUUGCUGAGCAAAGCCAUACAAAGGACAUUUCAAGGCGAGUAUCAUUUCAUUUGGGCAUAUGCUGAAUUGUUAUAUGACCAAUAGUGGACUCGUGUACAGAGGUUUGUCUACACCUGCUAAUAUUGUGGAUGAAAUCUGUUACACGAAGCUAACGCUAGUCAUAUGUAGCAGAGUAAUUUGACCAUCUACACUUUAGUAGAGAGUAGCAGUGGAUAAGAAUGAGAGUUUCAUUUGACAAAUCUGCUCAGCUAGAGAAGGCUUUUAAUUGUAGGGAGGAAAAGCAUUCAGUUUUUUGCUAAUUUCAUGCAGUGACCCCUUUUUAAAAUCUUGAAGUUUUGGGAAGAUUGGACAUUGUAUGCAUGAGCUGUAACAACUUCCUGUUUAAUUGCAGUAAUAGCGUGCUUUAGCACUUAGCUAAGUGUUGCUAGCAUGUUUUAACAUGUUUCAUACACAUUGAUGGCAUGUUUAGAAUUUCUGGUAUUUUUUUUAUGUUGUUAGGAACACGUCAGUGUAAAUCAUGUUACUUCCUGUUGCCAGCAGGUGGUGCUAUGACUAUAAUUGAACAUUGGCAUGUAGAUGUCUUCAGGCUGGGACUUUUAUCAAAAGUUUGAAGUUUGGAGCAGAUUGGACAUUGUAUGUUUGAGUUAUAAAAACUUCCUGUUUUAUGGCAAACCAUCAAAUCAUGUCCAAAACCCCAUCAAACCAUGCCCAUGACGUGCAGCAAAAACUCAAAAAUAAAUAAAUAAAUAAAUAAAUCUUUGCAAUUUAGCACUGUCAAGGCCUUUAGAUCAGAUGGACCGAAUAUGAUGUUGAUCUGAUGAAAUCUCUAGGAGGAGUUUGUUAAAGUACGAGGCCUGGAAGAGGCUAAAUCUGAGCAAAUAUUUAAGAGAAACAUAAAAAUUUUAUUUAUUUAUUUAUUUUACAUAUUGGCACGUUACACGUUUACUGAAUUUUGUACAUGUUGGUGAAACGUAGCCUGAGGCGCACAUUGUUGAAAUUUUGUAGCUGGUGCUUUUGAGCUAUUUUGCCACACUCAAUUCUGGAACCCCUAUCAGAUAUAAAUUUUCACUGGUUCUGAAGCCUCUGCAACGUUUCGGGAGUUUUCGGUUAUAUUUAGACCCUCUAAAAUGUGAUUCACUUGAGAAAAGAAGAAAAGGAGCAGAUUUAAUAGGGCCUCACAACACUGGUGCUCUGGCUAAAAAAAAAAAAUUAAAAAAUGAAAAUUUGUUAGUUUAUUAUUAAAGGAACAUUUCUAGUUUAUUCCAACUUGGGUUAGCGAUAUUAACUAAACUGAAAGUAUGGCAUGUAAAAGCUAGUAAGUGUUCAUCAUUUCAAAUAAAUUUUACUUUGCGCCUCACUUUUCUGUUUCAAAAUGGCUUCUUGCUAGACCUUGGUUUGUUGAUGUUGCAUGGUUUUCAGAUCUUAGUAAUUAUUCAAUAACAAAACAAAACUGCACAAAUAAGACCCAAGAUGUAAUAAACCAUAAUUUUCCUUUAAUACAAACCAGAAUCUGUUAUACAGUGAACUUGUCAGAUGAAUAUGUUGCAUUCAGUAACCCUCAAUACACCAUAUACAGACAGGCCUUUUGCUUUGUCUUAACUGGUUCAUGUCCCAACACCCCUGUUCGAUAAUUUCCUGGAUUAACAUCAUGUUGAGCAAUUGUUGAGAAAUCUAAAUUAGUAAAGCAGGUCAAUUUGAUCAUAGAACAUCCUGUUUAAGUUGUGUGAUAAAAGAAAAAUGGGCAUGUUAUGUUACCAUUGUGUUUUAUGAUACAAUAAUUUUUUGUGUUGCUUAUUGAUGCAACCUAUUUACACCAUUUGAGUAACUGGGUGCAUGUGUGUGUAAAAGGGUUAAAAGAAAAUAAAUAAUGGCUCCAUUAAAUUCAGUAAGAGUGACAGUCUAAAAAGUCAGCAGUAACCAUCCAGUUCAUUAUCUCUAACACGCUAAACUAUCUUUUCAUUUGUUUUACAAGGACACGAAAGAGAUUGAGGAAGGACGUGAUAGGCAAGUUAUGAAAAUUGCCAUCAUCGGUGACUGGUCCACCCCAGGAUCGGACCACAAGACAGCAACCAUCGUGGUCGAGGGAACCAAAAUCCUGAAAGGAACGGAUAUCCCAAGGUGCUAUGCUUUGCUGAUGGUAUAAUAUAUGCUCUGAAUCUGAGCUAUCGCGAGGAACUAAAAUAUACGUUUGAAGUGUUUCAGAAGCUGUUCCUUGAACUUGAUGGACUGAAAGCUAGUGCAAAAGUAAUGAGUCUCAAGAACAGAAUUUUCUGAAGAUUCCACUUGAUUCAAAGCACUAUCAGCUUUUAUUCAGAUUUUACAGUUUUGUAUUUAAGUCCACUGAAGAGGCACCAGAACUGGUAGUGUAACAGAAGAGGGAAUUUGUGGGGAAAAAUAAAUUUGUUGUUGUUUGUUUUCAAGAUGUAAAUAUUGCAGUUCAAAAUAAAAAAAAAAAGUUAAUUGUCUAACAA